AUGAAGUUCCUCAUUCUGGCUUUUGCCAUCUUCUCAGCAUCCCAAGCGUACGUUCUCCGAGAUGAGCCAUAUCCUCACCUGGCCAAGUUAAACGAGGAGCUCCUAGAGUACAUGCAGAAUGUCACCAGGAUGGUGAAUGAAAAAGUGGACUAUAUCCAAAACCUGGAGCUUAGCCAAGCAAUGCUAGACCGGCUUCACCACACCUACUUAAAAAUAAGCGAGCACUUGAAUUACCUGGAGUCCAAAUUGCCUCCGGAUGUCCCGAGAACCUAUUAUACGGCCCUCGCGAUGUCCAUGGGCUUGGUGGAGAAAGGUAUCGAUGCCGUAAACAACUUCAAGAGGCAAGUGACCCCAGUCACUGACAAGGUGGCCGAAUCCCUGUACUCCAUUGUGGCUCCCUUCGCAAACUCGGUCUUGGAGAAGAUGGGACCGUAUUCUGAGGUCCUCCGUCGGGCCGUCAGCACCUCAGUUGAGAGACUCAACCCGAGGUUGAGCGAGAAGCUCAAGAAGCUUCUGGAAAAGAUGACCAAAGAGUUGGCUCCAUUAAUCCAAACCCUCCAGAAUGAAUUACAAGAAUUAAAGGCUUCCUUACAACCAGCUACUGACCAUGUCCAGAAGAAGGUGAAGGAAAGCUUGAAGAGAAUCAACGAGGAGUUGCAACCGUAUAUUGCUCCCAUUCUUGAAACCCUUGAAAAAUAUACCAAGGCCUCUCCAGUUGAACCGUGA